AGCGCCCUGGCAUUACAACCCAGACCCUCUCAAAGUGGAAGGCAGGAGUUUUCUCUCCCGAUCCCCCCGGUUUGCCUCACGCCUCCCACUCCACUUCCUAUAUUGUCACGUUCUGUUUGAACACGAGGAUCUGUUCGGAGCAGAAUGACAGGAGAGUUGAAGGACGGCGAGACGGAGGAGGAGUUUCUACAUUCGUUCAUCCGAAAACAAGGGAACAUUUACAAGCCAAACAACAAAGACAUGGAGAACGAGAGUCUGAACGAGAAGGCGAUGGAGGACGUCCACACCAAAGAGAUCGACCUGGUCAACAGGGACCCAAAGCGCAUCAACGACGACGUUGUCAAGGUGGACUUUGAAGACAUCAUCGCAGAGCCUGCUGGAACCUAUAGCUUUGAUGGCGUGUGGAAAGCUAGCUUCACCACUUUUACCGUCACUAAGUAUUGGUGCUAUCGGCUGCUGACGGCACUGGUCGGCAUCCCCCUGGCACUCAUCUGGGGAAUCUUCUUCGCCAUUCUUUCCUUUGUGCAUAUCUGGGCUGUGGUGCCCUGCGUGAAGAGCUACCUUAUCGAGACCCACUGCAUCAGCCGCGUCUACUCCAUCUUUGUGCACACCUUCUGCGACCCAUUGUUCGAAGCAAUGGGCAAGUGCUUCAGCAACAUCCGCCUCCGCACAACAAAGGAGGUGUAGCAUCUAGAGACGGGAGUAAAGAGAAGGAUUAUUGGAAAUUACAGGAGAGAGGAAAGGUGAAAUGGAGAGAAAAGUUAGGGAAUAGAAAAAAUAGACCUCUGGAAAAUAAAAAAAAUGGGGUUGACAGAUGUUUGAAGUGCAAGGUCACAUGGCACUCGACCCUACCUUUCUGUCUUCUCUGUUUUUUUCUCUCCAAUGCGGCUUAACCAACGAGGUGGGCACAGAAUAUUCAAAGGGUCAUUCUUGUUGGUUUUUCUUGCUGUUUUAUUUUUUAUUGUUCUUUUUAAGCCUCACUGUUACUUUUGUCGAGCAAGCGGUCCACCAUUUUACAAAUCUUCUCAUUGGUUAGGUAAAGUCCUUGUAUGGCUAAUUUGUGUGAGAGGAAGGAGGCCAGGGUCUACUGCUGUCAUCUCUCCACCAUGUUCAUGUUUGCUGUUUUGGAACUGUAGGCCAGCGAGCGGUGGUCAGUUGCCAUGGGGUCAUGUGGGUCAAACCAGAGAUAAAGAGCUGGCGCUGCCACAUUCUGUCUGACUCAGCAAACAUGUACCAGGCGCUCACUCUGAGCAGCACAACAACAACCUCCUGGUGCUUUUUCAUUACAUCCCCCACCCCAGCCAUACCUCUGUAGCCCUCCUCCUUCUACCCGGCAGUCUAACACACUGAAACCGCCCGCCUUGCUUGUGCGCACCUGUGUUUCCUUGCCGUCCGCCACGCCCACCACACUGCCUCAACGUGUUGAAAGCCAUCUAAUGUUAGCACUCCUUCUCGAUCCACCUAACUCCACUACCCCCUUUCUGCACCAUAGAUUCCUUACCAGUACCUUCAUAGCCACACAUAUGUUUGUAAUGGAAAAUUUUGAAUUGUGCUUGCUUUUUGUUUUUGGAGAGACUUAAAACUUAAAGGUUCAUAGUCAUGUUACAUGCCUGUACAAAAUAGACAGAAAUCCAAUUUAUUAUAAUAAAAUAAGGUUAAGUACUUCAAGCUUCUGUCCUGGUGGUGUUUUGAUUGUCCUUUUUGAGCCUAAAUAGCACCCCAGCACUGGUUGUGAUGAGCAGACAUAAACAGACGUGACGCCAUCUACUGGCAAUUAACGCCUAGCUAUCAGAAACACAGAUGGCAGCCAUUGACGCACCUACUAAGUAACCCCCGACUGUUUUGACCGUGCUGAAAUUCCUUGCAGAAAACUGACAGCUCGGAGGGUAGGGCUCAACAGCGUCACUAAGACCAAUUAGUACUAUUAGCGAGGACAUGGACUCAGGUGUCUAUUAAUUUCAGAGCAACAUCAGAAUGCUUCCUGAGCUUUAGUUCCAGCUUUAGUGAACUCCAACGGUCAUACUGUUUUCCCAUCAUGACUUUCUUUUAUUCCUCUUGGAAUAAACUCUUGAUCUUGGACUUUUAUUCGCAACUAUGGUGGGAGCUCCACACUCGCUUGCCUCCUUCACUCGCUUGCUUGUUGACCAAUUGUACGCAUGUGCAGUGAUGUAAUUGCAAUUAUAUGAUGUUGUUACAGUAAAUAUACACAGAAAAGUUAUAUUUACUCACAAAUUGAGCAAAAAAAAAGUAUCACAAGACAAAGACAACUCAUGCUGUGCCAUCAGGAUGCCUUAAGUUGUCAUAACAAUACUGUAUUCAACCUGAUUGAGUCACUGGCAUAUACAUUUAAAAAUGUCUAGUAAAGCUACUAUGUACCUUUAAAUUGUUCACAAAAUGGUAACUACAGAGUGUUUUCAAAUAUGAAGACCUUUUGGAGUUUUUUUAUGCAAAUAUUCGAAUAUGCUACAUGUGCCUUAUGUGUAGUUAGUUAUGUGCAAAAAGCAACAACAAUGGCCUUAUAUUCCAGUGCACUAAUCUCAGUGAAGGUAUUGAAAUGUCAUUCCUUGUCUUUUUUUUCUGCAAUCCAAGACUAUACUAUAUUGAAAUUGUGUGAAACCUUGCGUGCUACUUUCACAUAAAUGCAUUGGAAUUAAGACAAUGUGAGGCACAAUAUAUGCUACUUUUGGAUGCAUUCCUAUCUGUUACAUGGACUCCUUGGUGCACCCUACCCUUGAUUUGUCCGCUGCUCUGUCUCUGGUCUGUGGAUGUGAUUCAAAAAAAGUGGUGAAUCCAAGGACUGGACAGGGUAAAACGGGCUGGUAUUUGGUCUGAGUCCUGUUUUACCGACAUGCCUAACCUAGCUUUAAGUGUCUUUCACAUUAAGUUUACCUGCUGUUUUUUUACAUGAUUUGAUAUAGUAUUUCAGCACCUGUUGAAAAUUAGCUUUUUAAUUCUGAGAGGGAUUUUUUUUUUUUUGUAAGAAAUAAUUUUCCUUUCUUGCUUCUUUUUAUGUACAUUAUCACACUUGGCACAAAUAAAAUGUAAUAUAAUC